CUCUAACGUUUCAGAAUAUCUGAAAAUGAGCGGUCGGGCACGAGCUAGAUCAAGAGGCCGAGCACGUUGCCAAGAGACGGUGCCUGGAGCGAUCCUGGCCGAGGCUGCGCAGGCAGCACCAGCACCUACCCCCUCUGCAGAGGGGGACCUGGUUGGUCGAGGCAGACAAAAGGGUGUUCCUGGAACCAUAGCCAAAGAAGGUGUUCUGGAGAUUUCAGCUGGAUUUCAGCAAAUUAAGCUGGGAGAGCGAGGUGGACGCCGGCGGGACUUCCAUGAUGAUGGGAUAUUCACCAGACAAACCAUGGCCCAUGUGAAGGAUUCAAAGACUGGAACAUCCGGUGCCGUCAUACCAUUGACCGCAAACUACUUCCGGAUCCUGUCUCGCCCGCAGUGGAUUCUCUAUCAGUACUAUGUGGACUUUAAACCCCCAAUGGAGUCGAGGCGCUUGAGAACUGCCCUCCUCUUGCAGCAUUCAGAAAUGCUCGGUUCAUCUAGGAACUUUGAUGGAGCAAUUCUUUUCCUGCCUCACAGGCUCGACUCCAAGGAGACUGUCGUCCACAGUGAGACGAGGAAUGGAGAGAAGGUUGUAAUAACCAUCACCUUGACAAACGAGCUCCCACCCAAUUCACCAGUGUGUAUUCAGUUUUACAACAUCUUAUUCAGAAGGAUCCUGAGAAUCCUCGACAUGCAGCAGAUUGGGCGGAACUACUACAACCCCAAAGAUCCGCUUGAGAUUCGACAGCACAAAUUAACAGUUUGGCCAGGAUACUCCACCACCAUCAUGAACUAUGAGUCCUCUGUCAUGAUGUGCACUGAUGUGAGCCACAGAGUGCUUCGUAGCGAGACGGUGCUUGACUUCAUGAUCAACCUGAAACAUCAGGUUGGAAGCCAACGCUACACUGAUAUCUGUACCAAGGAGCUUGUUGGAUUGGUCGUCCUCACAAAGUACAACAACAAAACUUACAAGAUUGAUGACAUUGCAUGGGACCACACUCCCUGUAAUACUUUCACUAGAGGAGACACAGACAUCUCUUUCAGGGACUACUACAAGACUCAAUAUGGUUUGGAUAUCACUGAUUUGAACCAGGUGCUGCUGAUCAGCCAUGUGAAGAGGUUUGGCCCCGCUGGAGCGCCCCCUCCUGGUCCUGCUUUGCUUGUGCCAGAACUGUGCUACCUCACAGGGUUGACUGAUAAGAUGCGAAGUGACUUUGCCAUAAUGAAGGAGCUGAGCGUUCACACCAAACUGAACCCAGAUAAGAGGGAGCAACAGCUCACCAGAUUUAUAUCCAACAUUCACCAGAGCGAGGAUGCACAGGCAGAGCUGGGGAAGUGGGGACUCAGCUUUGAUAAGCAGCUUCUUAACAUGACCGGCAGAGUCCUCGGAGGAGAGCAGAUUUUCCAAGGAUCCCGCUCGUACAACUACAACCCCCAAUCAGCUGACUGGUCCAGGGAGAUGCGUGGGAUUCCUAUGAUGAGCACUCCUCCACUGGAGAAAUGGGUUUUGUUUCACUCCCGCCGUAACUCCAAUGAAGCGCAGGCCCUGCUGCAGUCCCUCAACAAAGUCUCAGGUCCCCUCGGUUUCUACAUGCAAAGGCCCUACAUUGUUAUGUACGAUGAUAAUCAGCUGGCUCUCCUCAAAGCUCUUCAGAGCAACGUUGGACAAGAUACGCAAAUGGUGGUGGUUGUCCUUCCCAACAACAACAAGGACAAGUAUGACAGUGUGAAGAAGUACCUCUGUCUAGAGUUCCCAACUCCAAGCCAGUGUGUGGUGGCUCGCACCCUCAGCAAACCUCAGGCACUCAUGACUGUGGCAACGAAGAUCGCACUGCAGAUGGCCUGCAAAAUGGGAGGAGAGCUGUGGAGUGUGGAGAUUCCUCUCAAGCAGCUGAUGAUUGUGGGCAUCGACUGCUACCAUGACGUGUCUGCUGGGUGCUCCAUUGGUGCUCUGGUGGCAAGCCUCAACCCUACCAUGAGCAGAUGGUACUCAAAGUGUGUGCUGCAGGAGAAAGGUCAGGAGCUGAUGGAUGGACUCAAAUUAGCAUUCACUGGUGCUCUGAAAGAAUACCUGAAGCGCAACAGUUGCCUGCCAACACGCAUCAUCGUGUACCGUGAUGGAGUAGGAGACGGCCAGUUGCUCACGGUCGUCAAUUAUGAUGUGGCGCAGAUGAAGGACUCAAUCAAGUCCCUGGGGAAGGACUAUGAGUGAGUUUUAAAGCUAUGU